ACAUGAGACAUGAUUGUUAAAACUAAAAAAAAAAAAGAAGAACUAUAGGAAUAUAUAUUAACCUGCUAUUAAGAUCUCGAAAAUAACAUCAACCUCCUCUUUGAUAAAAUAACGUAGUAAUCGUACUAUCACUAUUAUUCAAAACAUGAACAUAAUUAGACAAAUUCUUAGAAGCCCCAAAUUUCCUAGGAAUGCUCCUAAGCAAUUUUCUAUAGCUACACAGACAAGUCAAAAUGAUGAAGAAACAGACCAACUAUAUAAAAUUGUUGAAUUAGAACUCCGUGGUAAUGAUGCAGCAGUCUUAAGGAGCUUCUCAAAAUUUGCUGUAACCACUGGUAAUCAUUUCGAAAUUGACACAAAAUCAUGGACACUGAGGAAACCAACUCAUGAAAGAUACACAGUUUUGAAGUCUGCACAUAUCUACAAGAAGCAUAGAGUACAAUAUGAAGUUCGUACCUACUAUUCUUUCAUACAGUUUAAACAUCUUACUGGGUCAACUGCUGAUACUCUCUUGGAGUAUAUUGAAAGGAAUUUACCAGAAGGAGUUGCACUUAAAGCAACAAAGGUGGAAUUACAGGAAUUACCUAGCUAUUUAUCAACCCCACCUGAAAAGUCCAAAGUGCUACAGAGUGAGGUAGAUUAGUGUAAUGUGUUAUAUUUUGUUGAACAUAGAAGUAAGUAUUAUUAUAAUAAAAAGAUCAUCAAUUCUUGAUUAUUCUGAAAAAACACAUAAUUAACUGCUAUUUGAUCAUGCAUAAAACAUAUUUGUUUUAUAUCUUGGCUCAUCAGUUAUCUCUUUUUAUGGAUUUCUAUGUAGAUAUAGUCUGUUGAAUCAAAUAUCUAAUGGCAAAACUGUAUCAUUAUUGUACAUCAGUUAUUAUACAUAAUAAUAUACUUGUAUAGGUACAAUUAUAAUGAAUCAUAGUUGAAUUCUCCUAUGUAUAUAUUUUGAUCAUUUGAAC